AUGAUGAUUCAUAAAGCAUUUAUGUUGAUUGAUAUUAAUUGCUUCUUGAGACAGCCAUUCGAGGAUCAAUGCAAAUUUCAACAUAAAUACCAUUAUGUGAUGAAGGAAAAGAGAUCAUUUAUAUACAAUAAUGAUGUUCAACCAUCAAUUGCAGCCAGAUUUAUCUUGAUGUCCAUUAAUCUUUUUGAUCUUUUAAUUCAUCAACAACGAGACUCACUUCAUGGGCUGAGUUUUAGUCAUUUUAAAAUUUUACUACUUCAAUUUUCUUUUGAAACUUAA